AGACUCCCCGCGCGUUACAGGCUGCCCAAAGCUCCUCUUACCUACCUGAUUUACAUUCCCACACUUGGACUUCUCUCUCUACGAACUGCAAUUCAAAAACAGCCAGAGGACGACACAAAGACGCCAACAUGGUCAAAUUCUACUCGUCCAACGAAACGUACUCGUACCCCUUCGCCGCCGUGUCGCUUGCCUACUUUCUCCGCUACCCCAACCCAUACUCUACUCACGUGCUCUCGACCGACACCAUCGCACGCAGCUAUGACCCCGAAACACAGCGCCUAACCACUAUUCGCCUGCAUCUUAAACGCUCCAAACUCCCCUCGGCGGUCCUGAAGCUCGUACCUCGAUCCCUACUCGGAGCCUCAGCGGGCGGAGAAUCACAGACGUAUAUUCUUGAAAAGUCAGUUGUGGAUAUGAAAGAGGGCUGGAUGGACACGGAGUCGCGCAAUUUAGAGUGGACGGGCGUCUUGUCCGUGGUGGAGAGACAGAAGUUCCAGCGUCCCUCGCCUCUAGCCGAUGACGUAAAAGUUGGGCAAGGCAUGGAAGGCGCAGCACAGCGACAUGGCUUCCUCAACUUCAACGCCAAGGGGCCUGGUGCGAGAGUCGAGGACACGGGCGAGACCACAGACGUGACAAGUUCUGUCACACUGCACAGCCACAUCGGCGAGACAUGGAAGAAGAAGCGUGAGGCUGCGAGGGAGGGCGCCAUGGAAGAAGAGCAGCCACAAAAGGUGGGCUUCUUGCGGAGCUGGGGUACCGCGGCUCUGCAGCGCAAUAUCGAGAAGAUUGGUCUCACACGUGCUCAACGUAGCCAGCCGAAUGCGCGCGAAGGCAUGAAGGUGGUACUAGAGCGCAUGAGAGAGGGUGGUCUCGUCGCUGUUCUUGAGGGCAUGCGACAAGACCGAGAAGCCAUCCUCGCCGGUCGCCCACUUGCAACGCCUCGCGCAGCAAACAGUAACGAAUGAAUACGCUGUCAAAAGUGAUGCUUGUUGGUGUAUGGUGUCUGGAGUCUCCUUUGGGCAGGGAGUCCCUUGUGUUUAUUAUCGGUCUUCAGCGACGGCGUUACGGUCUCUCCCUGCUUUCUUUUCGCUAGUCCUCACUCCUUAUGGAACGGUAGUGUUGGCUUUGUCUUAUCAUCAUGCUACUUCUUUCGCAGCUUUUGCCAUGUCUCAAUUCGAAACGGCCAUACCAAAUUUGUCGUGCUGGGGGCUAUGUUGUGUACAGUCUGUUCGUUGCGAGGCGUUUGUCACAGACAAUGGAAAAGUAUCAAUGAAAUCGU